AGAAGCCCGGCUGGCAGAUCGAGUAUUAGCAAGAUGGAUUCGCUCAAGGUCGUUCCCAGCAUCGAAUCGGGAUCUAGUUCGGAUGGAAGUUCAUGCCCUUCACCUACGGGGUCUGUAUUAACGGCUCGGCUUGUGUCUCCUAUUCCGGACCUUCGACGAGAUUCAGUGUUAACUACAGGUGCGGAAGACGCGGAAUUCUUAUCUCUACCAGUGCCUCCAGAUUUUGCAGAUAGCAGAAGAUCAAGCCGUAUUCAACAAUGUUUGGACGAACAGGAAACCACCGAAAAGAUACUCUUCGAGACAGCAUCGACUCUAAUAACGAUCGAAAAACUUCAACAGUCCAACGAAAAGAUCGAGAAAAAAGAAGUUGAAAAACAACGAAGAGAUUCGAAACCGGAUCAAGAUGGAGAAAGGAGUAUAAUUGAUGAUGAAAAGGAAUGCUCAAGUAUAAUAUCGGUAAUAUCCAACGAAGAAGUAAGCAUAGGCAGCGAAAUCCUGGACAAGGGUUCGUACGUUCCCAGGAAGGGCAGCGACGGCGAAGACGUCAACGGACACAUCUGUCACAUCGACUCUCCCGAGACAGAUACUUAUCCGACAUCCGAUGUGGUACAGGGCGAAUCACUUAUGGAUGAUAUCAGCUCGAUGCUCGGCGAAAUUCUAUACGGAUACGAUCAGGACAGUGUAGGAGAUACGUACACCGAUGACACUACCCUGUUUCAUAGUGAGUUGGAGCGAAAAUUGAGCAUAAAACGAGAUUCGCUGGAUAGAAAGAAGCGGAGCAGUUUGCGCAGAAAAUCUGCACCGGUGACAGCGAGAGUAGAAGAGGAUGCGCAAUACGGAUUCGAAAAUCGAGCUUUCAUGUCACAACACGUAUACCUAGACAAUCGACUGGAGUACGACCAGCCUCGCAAGUAUUGCAGUUUGGCACAAUUUGUUGAAGGAAGCGACAUAGCCAGACGAUCGUUCAAACGUCGUGCCACCAACAAGACAUCCAAAACCGAAGCAAACGUCACACGCCAAAGCACUCUAUUGGAAGAGACUGAGAGUAUUGCGGCGAGUCACAGAAGUAGUACCACCAGCCUCAACAAGUUGGAGAAGGAGCUAUCGAACGUCUCGGCGAGUACUGUGAAGGCAGCAUUAGACAGAGACAGCGACACGGAGAAAGAUAUCGAUAAAUGCAAGUUCCCCCAAGUGAGCGUGAUAGUAGAGCCCCCCUCCCCGAUUUUAACCGAGCAGAUGCGCUGCGAGCGCAUAGAGACGAUCCGCAUCGAGAUCGAGGGCGUCCCCCCCGACGACGAUCUCGACUUCGGCCACCCCGCUCUCGGCCCCAGAGCGGACAAGCUAUCGGUCAGCGACGUGAGCAACAACAGUUCCACCACCAAUUUGCUGACGGUCGACCACGACUACGCGCCGAUGCGGUCGCCCGCAGCCACCCGCCGCAUUUCCUGCUGCAGCAUGCUCAACCCGCAGGAGGCGGCGGCGCUGGCGGCGGCCGCGGCCACCACCAAGUUCUACCAGGACAGCGAGAAGAAGGACAGGAAGGCCGAGGACAAGGAGCCAAAGCGGAAACGGAAACUGCCCAUCAUCAAUCCGUUGGUGCGGUUGCCGUCGUGGCCAAAUGUUACCACUAGUAGAGGAUUUAUCAGCAAAUGCCUGCUGGCCAACGCUGAUACAUUAUGUGCAGCUGUUAGUCCGCUAAUGGAUCCAGAAGAGACCCUAAUGGAAGGGUUUUAUGAGCGAUGCGUCAUGAACAACUAUUUUGGAAUUGGUAUUGAUGCUAAAAUAUCGCUCGAUUUUCAUCAUAAACGAGAAGAGCAUCCUGAAAAAUGCAGAUCACGGGCAAAAAACUACUUGUGGUAUGGCGUUCUAGGAGGAAAGGAAUUGUUACAACGGACCUUUAAAAAUUUGGAACAACGAGUACAACUGGAAUGCGAUGGACAAAGAAUACCGUUACCUAGCUUACAAGGAAUUGUUAUACUAAACAUUCCCAGGUUUAUGGGCGGAAUAAACUUCUGGGGCGGAACGAAGGAAGACGACGUCUUUUUAGCGCCGUCCUUUGACGACAAAAUCCUCGAAGUCGUCGCGGUUUUCGGUUCGAUGCAGAUGGCCGCCUCCAGGAUGAUGAAGUUCCAACAUCACAGGAUCGCUCAGUGCCAGAGCAUACAGAUAAACAUUCUAGGUGACGAAGGCGUACCUAUCCAAGUGGACGGCGAGGCCUGGAUCCAACCGCCCGGCAUCAUCCGCAUCCUGCACAAGAACCGCAUGCAGAUGCUAGGCCGCAACAGGGCGCUGGAGAACUCCCUGAAGAGCUGGGAGGAGAAACAGCGCCAGAGUAUCGCUGGCCAAGGUGGAGUGAAACCUAGACUGUCCGUAAGCGGUGCCAGUCACGACAAAUCGAGGACCAGCGUCACCAGGCAGAGCAUGCCCGGCGGCCACUCGGACACCAGCAAGAGUUUCCUGGGGGUUACAGUGGAGAAGAUCAGGCAACAUUCGUUUAGUGGUGCUGUACCCCAUCACAUGGAAAAAGAGAAGCAUACUGUUACUUUCGUGGAUCGACCGCUCGAUAGACAAGAAAUAGAAAUAAUUUUCUCAGAAGAGGAACAUUAUUUACUUCUCAAUUUCAUCGAAUGUACCACCUCACUAACUAAGUGGAUAAAAAUUUUAGCAAUAAGCCAUACUUUGGAGACCGAUUUAUACUCAUUAGCAACGAAGACUGACACAUGCCUAGAGAAAAUACACCCAUCUGGCAAAUUAUUGACGGGACCCGCACUGAGAGCCGAAUUUACGAAACUGGUGGAUAGCGUCAAGCAAUUGUACGAGGAAAGUUGUUGUUUGUUGCACGAUAGGGGAGACAAACUGAAACUCAGGGAAGACCUAGAAAGUAAACUGAGCGUUAGCCUGGCCAAUAUGGAAAUGGAAUUGAAGAAGUGCGUUAUGUAUGAUACACACGAAGGAAGUUUGGUGUAUCUUCAGCCAGUUCCCGAAGAGAGUGAACACAAGAAGAAAGGCCUGUUCUGGUUGAAGUUCAGAAAGAGCGUAUCGUCGGAACGACGUCACUCCAGUUGCAAACGCGAAGCUGCCUCGUGGGGCACGCAGGAAGUGGCCACCUGGCUAGAGACUCUCCAAUUGUCAGAAUACAUCGACAGUUUCGAAAAGAACGACAUCAGAGGGCGCGAACUGCUAACACUGGCACGGCGUGAUUUGAAAGACUUAGGUGUAACUAAGGUCGGACAUGUUAAGAGGAUCUUGCAAGCAAUCAAGGAUUUGUCCCAAGGAGUUUAAGUGUUCGGAAACACAAUAACAUACCACUAAUACCAUAUCAGCUACGAUAAAAAGGGUUAUAAGCGAAAUAAAUUACACAAAGUUCCUUAGAAUAGUGGAUUCUACCAUACGUUUUCAUUC